AUGAUGGAUCCCAACCCAUUCAUCCCUGACGUCCCUCCCCCACACGGUCCCUUCUUCGACAUGCUCCCACCCCCAGAAAUCAUGGAGCAGAAGCUCAUUAUCCAGCACAGCGAGAUGCAGACGCUUGUGCAUGAGAACCGUAGGCUUGCUUCCUCUCAUGUGACCCUAAGAGAGGAUUUAGCCACAACGCAACAGGAACUUCAGAGGAUGCAUACACAGAUUGGCCUCAUGAAGGCAGAGAAAGAACAGAAGAUGAACGGCUUCCAAGAUAAGAUCAUGAAGAUGGAGGAUGAUCUUUCGGCAUCUGAGGGCAUUAAAGUGGAGCUCCAGAAAGCUCACGCUGAAGCCCAGGAUCUGCUCUCUGUCAGAGAGGAGCUGAUCUCAGGAGUCCAGCGUCUGACCCAGGAUCUGCGGCGUGUUCAUGCCGGCAUCCAGCAACUCCCAGCCCUGAUGUCUGAGCUGGAGGGUUUCAAGAGAGAAUAUCAUGACUGCAGGUGACAAACAAAUUCCUUGGUCAACGUUGACCCAGUGGGAGAUACUCUGAGCUUAUGCUAUUUCUAUGUCGAUGCAGGAUUACUUAUGAGCAUGAGAGGAAACUCUACAGUGACCACCUCGAGUCACUUCAGGUGAUGGAGAAGAAUUAUCUUUCUAUGCUGAGAGAGGUGGAGAAGUUGAGAACUGUGCUGGCCAAUUCCUCGAGCUCUGACCCAAGGCCUGGUAUGGUUUGUCUUUCCUUCUUUUUUUUUAUUUUUCAAUAUUCAUUGUGCUUGAGUGGUUUAGGUGAAUGCAGGUGGGCAGUAUGGGACUAAUGCGGGGUACCAGGAGAGUGAGGCGUAUGCUCCAAGCGCACCUUCACAGGGUCAAAAUGCUUAUGAAGAUGUUUACAAUGUUCAUCAGGUGAUCAUGAGCUUAGUUCCCUGCCUUCUUCUUGGGCUUUUUUGAUAUUGUUGAGCAAUACGAUGUUGUUCGUCAGACCAGCUAAUUCUUCCAUCUCAAUCUAUUUUUCAACCAAUUUAAUCUGAUCCCCAUAUCAUCUCUCGACCAAUCUUUCUGGUUCCAGUUCUUGCAACCUCCAUCGCACCUAAAUUUCCUCUUUCCCUUGCUUUCGAGAUGCAGGGACGAACCCCACCUGGUGGAGCAGCCUCUCAUGGUGACCCCACUGGCGGAAAGUAUGAUACCACCCGAGGCGGCGAUGGCGGCAGUGGUGGUGGCAUCGGUGGCAGCGGCUAUGAUGCUUCAAGAGGUGGUGGCGCCGCCGCCACUAGUUAUGACACUUCCGGAGCCACACCAUAUUAUGCCUCUAGGCUGUCGCCAUAUGACAUUGGGCCCAGAGGAGCAGCUGCAGGCUAUGAAUCCACCGCCAGGGCUGCCGCCAUGUACAGCAGACCCCCUAGCAGCACUCAGGCUGCUGUUGCCCCAGCACCCGCCACCACCGCUGCCGCAACUUAUCGGGUAGGGCCUGGUCGUGCCGGAGGUGACCGAGACCAGCCCCGUGGCAGUGGCAGUGGGAGAUGGUGAGGGUGGAGUUUAACUCCGCAGUCAACAAUGUAUUUAAAGUCAAUCCUCUGGCCUUUUUCUGUCUUUACUUGCAUCCCCUGGUUUCUGUCAUUACUUGCAUAUUCCCACAAUUUUCACACUUCAUCUCUCUCUCUCUCUCUCUCCCUCAGAUCUAUGUUUUGGGUUUUUACCCGGGUCAAUGUGAGCCUGGGCCUUGAAGACGAUAUCGGCCUCAUUAGCCAAAUUUUGGGCUGACUACGGGCCCAAAGAGUGCAAUAAAUGGGCCUAAAGUCCGGUCCUAGGAACAAACCGUUGGGACUUUUGAAGGUUAAUAUGCAAUAUGUGAAAAGUUUAAGGUUUUUAGAAUGAUAUGGCUCCAACCACGGAGAGAGCAACACAUCGACCCAGCCCGUUCCGACCGGUGCCUCCACUCUUCUAUAAAUCGGUGA